AUGGGUAUCAUCACCACCACCACCACCACCACCGUCCUACCCAGGAGCAAUGGCGGCCGCCGACGACUGGUGUUGCUGCCGUUACCUUUUCAAGGCCACAUAAACCCGAUGCUUCAACUGGCAAACAUACUAUACUCAAAAGGCUUUUCCAUCACCAUCCUCCAUACUCGUUUCAACGCCCCCAAUCCCACCAACUACCCUCACUUCAACUUCCUACCCAUUCCCGACGUCGCCCUAAACAACAACCACUCACUCUCCGACAUCGCUGACGUCAUUACUCUACUCCACUACCUCAACACCAACCUCCUCCAUCCAAUACGAGAUUGUUUGGCUCGUUUGAUGCACGAGGAUCCCGGAGUUUCCUGCUUAGUCACAGAUGCUCAGUGGUACGCCACCGACAGCGUCGCCGACCAACUCAAACUUCCGAGGAUUGUUCACCGGACCAGCAACGUUUCGUCUUUUCUCUCCUUUGCUGCUUUUCCACUGUUACGUGACAUGGGUUAUUUCCGGCCCUUCUCCGGUGAAGAAAUGAAGUCGGAAGAAUUGGUGCCGGGACUCGAACCACUUAAAGUGAAAGACAUACCAAAGUUCCUAACCAGUGACCCGGUGGGGUCUUGUGAGUUAUUGGAACUCAUGGUCCAAGCUACCAAGCGAGCACGAGCCAUAAUAUGGAAUUCAUUCAAAGAGCUUGAAGAAGCCGAACUAUCAACAGUUAGACAUGGUUUCCCGUACCCACAUUUCCUGAUCGGACCAUUUCACAAAUACUUCCCAGCAUCAUCAAGCAGCCUCCUAGCACAAGAUCAAACAUCCAUCUCAUGGUUAGACAAACACCCACACAACUCUGUGUUAUACGUUAGUUUUGGUAGUCUAGCCAUGAUUGAAGAAUCCCAAUUCUUGGAGAUGGCUUGGGGUUUGGCUAAUAGCAAGCAGCCAUUUCUAUGGGUGGUUAGACCAGGGUCCAUACAAGGGUCCGAUUGGCUUGGACCCUUGCCAGAUGGGUUUUUGGAGAGAAUUGCACAAGGAAGAGGGCAUAUUGUGAAAUGGGCUCCACAACAAGAGGUAUUGGCUCAUCCUGCAACGGGGGGAUUUCUGACUCAUAAUGGAUGGAACUCGACGCUAGAGAGCAUUUGUGAAGGGGUUCCCAUGAUCUGUUCGCCGUGUUUCGGUGAUCAACUACCAAAUGCAAGAUAUGUAAGUGAGGUUUGGAAGAUUGGGGUGGAACUGGAAAAUAGGUUAGAAAGGGGAGAGAUUGAAAGCUCGAUAAAAAGAGUAAUGGUGGAUAAAGAAGGGAUUGAAAUGAGGAAAAGAGUCUUGAAUUUGAAGGAGAAAGUAAACCUUUGCCUAAAGGAAGGUGGUUCAUCGUACACAUCACUUGAGGAUUUGGUCGAUUUCAUUAGGUCAUUUUAGUUGAAAAUUGAAAAAAUCCCAAGAGAAAGAAUGUAUUAGAGUUGCUAUGAUUAGGAAAGUUGCUUAGGGGUUCUUUGUUUUUAAUAAAAAAACUCUUAAUGUCCUCCUAAGUCUGAAUCGAUCAGACAUAA